GUGUUGCGUUUGCUCUCGCACAAGAAGCACCCCACGGAGAGUGAUAAAAACCAACCGAGUGUCUCAAAUGCUUUCCCACACACAAUUUUCUGCACCAUGAACUUGUACUGAAGUCCCAAUCCAUCAAGUGGUGUGAAGUUUGAGAAAAUUGCAGAGACUUUUUUUUUUUAAUUUUCCAAUAAUUCUUUGUACAAAAUCUUAUUUUUAAUUUGAAAAUUCAAAAAGCUAAAGAUUUAAAUUCAGUUUUUGGGCGCGAGGACAACCUGAUGCAUUAUCCAUAAUAAAAAUCUAUCACAGCACCUUGCUGAAGUCCCAGUGAAAUUGUCUCAAGAUCCGUCAGAAAAAAAAACAAACCAACAACAUUCCACCCCAAAGGGUCCUGGGCACAAGAAUCCAACCACGAAUGACACACAAACAGAGACACAUUCCGGCGGUGAAGGGUUGCCUGAGCCGUAGGUGGCCGUGGUAGUGGCGUGUCCUCUUGGCACAUCAAGUGGAAUGCCGAGUACGCGUCGCACUUCACAAUGGCAGCCACGGACGAAGCCAUCAUACGGGCCCGUAAGGCGGGCCUGCCCAGCAUCCGGUGCCACCUUCAAUAUCGAGGUUGGCCGAGCCAAAAUGACCUCCCGCUGCUUGUGGCAUGCAUGUCGCGCUCUUGCUUUGGGGAUUGUCUUAAUGCUUUUAGGCGCAGGAAUGGCAACUAUAGGAUAUUACGCAGACCAUUUAUCCAUUGGCCAAGAGGUGCGUGGCAAUGCCACCAUCAGAGUUAGAAAUGAAUCAAGGGGAUUCCAUCUCAACAAUUUAUCCUAUGUCGGACCAAUCGUCAUGGGAUUUGGUGGAUUUAUCGUAGUGGCUGCGUGCGUGAUGACGUUUGAAGCGCGCGAUUCAGCAGCCAAGGUGGUCCCGGCGCGCUUCAAAAUGGGCGGGAGCGGGUCGAUGGGUGGUAGCCGGAGCAAUGGCCGGAGUGCUUCGUCUUCCCGCCGUGCCACAGGGGUGGUAUCAACACCCAAUGGACCCCCUUCUGCUGGUGCUCUUGCAAACCGAUGGGAACAACAUAUGGGACUUUUCAGGACAGCCGGAAGUAGUGCGAGUGGUGAAAAAGCUCCAAAUCGUCAAGCUCUCACAGCAGCACUCAUUCACUUUUCUAAAACUCUCGGAUCUCCUGACGUGGCUUCACCAAAGAAACCCCGACGGUUGUCUAGAAGUGAUAGUGUACCCAACUUGCUUGAUCACCAUCACCACUGUCAUCACCAUCACCGAUCACCUAAAAGUAAAACAUCCCAUCGUCGUUUGCGCAACAGCAGUUUAGUUCAACGCACAACACGCGAAUUAUCAGGUGAGCGUUUUCUGCAUCCGGGUAUGCUAAAGUACCACCGACAGGCACUCUCAGUGGACGAUGGGAGGCCCUUUGAGCGCCGCGAGAGUGGCUCUGACUCUCACCAAGGUUCCCAAACGUCCAUGGGGGAUCGAACACGGAGAUCCGAUACGGCCAAAAAGCACAUCCUGGCACGACAGAAGCCCAUUGAGCGCGAAGAGGUGAUUCACAGCCCUCGCCUGGGGUACCCAUCCGGACGCCGGAGGAGCUCAACGGCUUCAGACGCAUCGGCUGCAUCGCGACGAACAAUUAAUCGACGUGCCUCGUCCACGUCACGCACGCCUAGCAUCGAUUCCCGGAGUGUACACAGCCCCGAGCGGAGUCCACGAACACCCCAUAGAGUGGUUGCACAAAUUUCCACCCCAUCAGUUGAGCGUGAUUUCCGGAGUCAAUUAUCCAUCUCAUCGGAACCGAUGAGGGUACUAUCCUGCCAGUCGAGCAUCGAUCCGUGCGUACCGGAGGAGAGUCCAGAGCACGAGGACAAGGAUAUGUUUCCAAUGGAUGGGAGUGAUUCGUCAGAGAAGGGACGACCAGCGCGACCGGAUUCCCUAAUUCUUGAUUGCAAUCAGGAGCCAGUCAGGCAAAAGUUUCUCUAUCGCAGUAAAUCAUCGAAGAGCUUUAAAAAGCCCAAAGCUCGGGUGCCCCUUUCGGAAUUCCAUCAAAUCUACUUCAUCAGCAGCAGCAAUACCACUGAGGAUGGCUAUGAUUCAAUUGAAGUGAUUGACGAGAGGCGAAUGAAGAAUUUCGGCACCUCCGUUCCGGCAAAUUCACAGCAACUCGAGAAGUUGCUUUAUGAGAAUUCAGCCCGGGAGGAGGGAGACAAUGGGGCGGAUGUGGAAGCACCCGCAGUAACGAAGCCAGAAUGCAACGAAGGAGAAACAUCAACUAUUUCCCAAGAAAGCAAUACUAAAUCCAAUCAAAUCACCCUCACAAUUCAAGCUGAGAUUGAACGACAAGGAUGAAGACAAGGUGCGAUUUUAUUAAAUUUCUCCGAAUUAAUUAUUUGAACGAUUAAGAUUAUAUUUCACAGUUGGAAGUAGCUCAUAUGAAGGAAAGAAAAUUAAUUUUAUUGCUCCGAGUAUUAUGAAUCUAACUCGUUCACAAAAAUUUGAGCAAUAUAAUUUGACGAGAUGGGUUGGAUAAAUUUUUAAUCUAUAAAGAUCAACAAUAGUAUACAGAAUAAGGUUUAAUUGAAAAAUCAAUAUGGCGGCGUGUGGUUAUAGAAUUGAUGAAAAACAUGCCUUGAAAAGGAACAGAGAUUAAUGAUAAAGUAUAUAAUUUUAUGAUUUCGAGCCUCUGCAGAACCCCCAGAUGAAUUAAUUGUUUUUAUCAAAUAAUUAGCGAUUUCUUUUGAUACAUUUUAACCUAACACACGCGAAUAAAAACAUGGCGGAAUGGCUGUAAAACUAACCUAAAAAAAAGUGGUUAAAUAUGACAAGAAACAAUCAACGCCAUCUAUUACAGCGUCCAUUUACCAACACUUUUGCGACGAUCAUUAAAAUUUCAUUUCAAAAAGCAUUUUAGAGAAAAAAUCUUUAAUCUCUUUGUUUAAAAAAUCAUAAAACUUGAAUUUCUAAUAAUAGAUACCUGCUUUUUAUUUGCACAAAUCCAAUUGCUCGCACCUUUCCCACAAGAGUGAUGACGAAAAUGCAGAAAUGGCGGUAAUUUGCACAAUGCAAUCUUUUUUAUCGCAACCGCAGUGGAAACAGAUGGAAAUGGCUCGAGGACACUUUUGAGUUUUUCUUCUGCUUUAUUUUCCACGAAUUUCUAUAUUUAUAGAGCUUUUUUUGUACAACCAAACGCACGUAUAUCAUGUUCUUUAUCGGUUUUCCUUUUAUAGUUUCUUCCAAUGCAGUCAUUUGUAAAAUAUUUUAUCUGAAUAUUGCAAAAACAUAGCUAUUUUUUGCAGAAAAUUCAACAAAAAGACAUUAAUCUUGGAAAAAUAUUAAGAUAACUACAUAAUUACUGCAAAAAACAAGAAAAAGACUUGGAAAAUAUUUCUUUUAGUCAGUUUGCUUCACUUUUGGCCACACUCACUCUAACAUUCAUAUUUCUCAUUUUUCUUCAAUUAUAUUUUUAAUAAAAUUAAUUUCUUUAACAAGAUGACUUUUGUAGAACGAAAGCUCUCUAUUGUGAUAUUCGGUAAGAUUUAACAAGUUUGCUCAAUAUAUUAAAUAAGGAUUUUCCUUUUAUUUUUUCCUCCAAUAAUAUCACAUUUGUAACCAUAAAUGAACCGUAAGCUUAUGAAUUAUUCCCAAUAGAAGAGAUUAUGCCAAAAUCUCCUCCUCUUUGUUUCAAAAUUGCAUUAAACAUGAGAUGCGAAAUCCACAUGAAGAUAUCGAUUGAGCUCAUGAUUGGAAAUAUUUCCUUCUAAAUGUGAUUUUCCAGCAACAUAAUUUGAUUUAUGUUUUAUCAAUCAUAGUUAAAUUAAGUUUACAAAUUUUGCACCAGAAUUUAUGGAAAUUUUCCACACAACGCAUAUUUAAUGAGUUGAAAAUCAUUUGGAAAAAAAUCCCAUCAAGAGUUAAUUCGUCAAAAAAAAAAAAAGAAAAGUUGUGCGAAAAAUUUAUUUCAAUUAAGUAGGUAACUUUUUUCCUGUGGAAAAAGCUGCUGAGGCUCAAUUAGGCAUUUAAAGUUUUUGUGAAGGGACUAAAAGCUCCUUUUGGUUUAUUCAUUUGUGGAAGCUCUAACUUCAAGUCUCGGUGCUGAAGAGAAAGGUAUUUGUGCAGACUUUGGAGGGUCAACCCAUUUUGUGCAGAAGUAAAAUGAGAGCUACAUAGAGAAGAAAAAAUCGUGACAUUCCCAUUUUUGUGUAUAUUUUUGGAUAAAUCACAAGAACAAUAUGAAAGCGUGAAAAUGGUGGUAAAAAUAGAUGAAAAUAAAACAACACACUGAAUGUGUCAGUGUGAGAAGUGUUAUUGAGUAUAUAGCAUUGGUGGAUGAUUUUAUCUAACAAAUCAAGCUUCUUCCACACCCCCCAAAAAUCAUAUCUUGUGCGAAGUUGUAGUUUGAUGACUCCAUUUAGAUAUUUUCACAGAAAAUUUUCCUUUUUUCUCAACGUUUUCCUUCAACCCACAAGGCGGAAGUGUGCCAAAAUUGAGCCAAUAAAAAAAUCCGCAGUGCUUCUGCUCUUUGAAAAAAAAAAAGAAGAAAUAUAAAACAGGGUUUCGCACUUUGUGAAAUAAAUCAUUAAUAUUGUUGCCUAAAUGUGUACCAAAAAAUAAAUAAUGAUGAAUAAUCUCUCCCAGUUUGAGUCUCCCUGAGAGAUAUUUUUUGAAAAUAAAAAAAAAAAAACCCUUAGCGAAAAAAA